AUGGAAACUCUGUCCCAGGAUUCUCUGUUAGAGUGCCAAAUUUGUUUCAAUUAUUACAGUCCUCGAAGAAGGCCAAAAUUACUUGAUUGCAAGCAUACUUGCUGUUCGGUUUGCCUGCAGCAAAUGAGGGCUAGCCAGAAAGACCUUAGAUGCCCGUGGUGCCGAGGUGUUACAAGGUUACCUCCUGGAUAUUCCGUGUCCCAGCUACCUGACGAUCCAGAUGUAGUGGCAGUCAUUGCAAUUCCUCACACUUCAGAAAACACCCCGGUCUUUAUUAAAUUACCAAGCAAUGGAUGCUACAUGUGGCCACUUCCUGUCACCAAAGAAAGGGCUCUGUUGCCUGGUGAUAUAGGCUGCAGAUUACUACCAGCAAAUCAGCAAAAACCAGUCACCCUGGUGACCAUGCCAAUGGAACAGCAACCCCUGCAAGGUACUAUGGCACAGGAUAUUGCAGAGGAGGAACAUGAAAGAAGGGGUGUUGUGAAAAGUUCCACCUGGUCUGGAGUUUGCACUGUCAUUUUGGUAGCAUGUGUUUUGGUCUUCUUACUUGGAAUUGUCCUGCACAACAUGUCCUGUAUCUCUAAGCGCUUCACGGUCAUUUCAUGUGGUUGA